AUGGUUCGACGAGAUAGAGAAAAAACUGUUGUUUGGUGUGCAAACGGGAACGAACCAGUUCAAGCUGGAGCCACAGUGGUGCUCGCCGACGACGGGCAGCUCUCGCUCAAGGAUCAAGAAGGCCAAGAGGUAUGGAAUGCCGAAGUCAACGUUACCGUUACAUAUGCCGCCAUGCUUGAUAACGGCAACUUCAUAUUGGCAAGCGGCGACGGUUCGGUCCGAUGGCAAAGCUUCGACCACCCCUCGGAUACCAUCUUGCCCUCCCAAGUAUUGGCUGUAGGCAAGGAGCUCCGGUCCCGUCUGAUGGACACCGAUUACUCCUCCGGACGGUUCAAGCUCAGCGUUCGAAGUGACGGAAAUCUAACGUUUUACCCGCUCAAUAUCAUGACCGGCUUUGAAUAUGAUCCUUACUGGGCUACCAACACUACUGGAAAUGGAUCACGGCUUGUCUUCAACGAGUCCACCGGAACCAUCUAUUUGGCUCUAAAUAAUACCAACGUCGAUCUCUUGCCAGAGAGAAUAUACUCAAUGAAAAAUUUCUAUCAGAGGGCAACACUCGAUUUCGAUGGGGUCUUCAGGCGUUAUAUCUACCCAAAGAAUGUGAAGAGUGGUGCCGGCUGGACUACGGUGGGUUUCCAACCUCCAGACAUCUGCCGAAAUCUCACCUCCAAGACCGGCAGUGGGGCAUGCGGGUUCAAUAGCUACUGUACAUCCGGUGGUGGGAAUCAGAGUGUGGAUUGUGUCUGCCCACCCGACUAUUCUUUCCUGGAUCCAAAUAGGAAGUACAAAGGGUGUACUCCAAAUUUUGCACCCCAGAACUGCAACGGGAGGUUCACGUUGACGGAGAUGAUCAAUGUCGAUUGGCCUUUAUCCGCCUACGAGCACUUGGCUCCCAUAGAUGAGGACAGAUGUAGAAGAGAAUGCUUGGGCGAUUGCAACUGUGCAGUAGCCAUUUACCAGUAUGAAGGUGGUAAUUGUUGGAAGAAAAGGCUCCCUCUCUCUAAUGGUAAGAGAGGCGACUACGUGGACCGAAGGGCUUUCGUCAAAGUACCCAAAGGUAAGUUUUUCCCGUGCAUUCCUGCUGAAUUUUCCUCCCAGGCCUCCAAUUAUUGA